AUGGACCGGCCGACCGACCGGCCUGACCGGCCCGGCCGCCGGCCUGCCCGGUUCGCGCCGGGUCUGAGGCUGGUGCCUUCCGGGCCACAACCAGGGGAGUUGGGCCGUAACCGGCUGCAGGCCCGGUCCGCCGACCGGCCUGCCCGGCGCCCCACCCGGCCCGGCCGGAUUUCGCACCAGGCUGCCUCGCGCCCGGUGGGCCUCACCGCCCCGCGGCCCACCCGCCGGCCUGCACUCCCGCCUCGCUCCGCGCCGCCCGCACUGCUUGGGCCGCCUUCCCGCCGCUCAGCCCACGCGGCCGCUGCCCCCUGCGCGCCUCCCGAGCCUUAUUCGCUGCCCGGCCGCAGCACAGGCCUCGCCCGGCUGCUGGGCCGGCCGGACCGGCUGGGCCGCCGGCUGCCUCAGCGCCGAAUCCGGUCAGCCGGCCUGGCAGCCGGCUGGGCCACUUUUUAG